GCAGUUUCUUUUAACAUUUAGAAAAAAAAGUCAUUUAGAAAACAGUAGAAUGUUCUCAUCUGUAUUUUAAUCAAUGGAAGACACACUCUCCAAAUAUAUCAUACGACAAUUUCAAUUUCUACUGAAGGUAAUUCUCAAAGAACUCAAGAUUCUGUAUAUAAUUCGAAACUAAUCAACGACUUUUAUACGCCAAAGAGCACGUACUGUAUUACAUACAUAGCGCUCCAGCUGGUACAGGCUGAGGUAGGUUGAUGUGAGCAGUUGCUGUUUUUUGCAUUGCUGAGUAGGUAGCGGAAGGUUUCAUGUUUAUAAAACGUCGUGAUUUUAGUUUAGAUUAUACAAAACAAAAGCAACAGCAACGUAUAUUUAUUUUAAAAUGUUUAGAACAGUAAAGCAUUGUACAAAUGAAACAGCACAGAAAGUCGAAACGGAGAUAAGUCGUUAUUGUGUUUCAUAUUUUCAGAUUUUUGCUUUUUAAUAUCAAAUGUGAAGAGCGAUCUUGUGUGAGAGGUGGCGUUCUUUUAGCAGGGAGGAGAUCAGAGAGGCUGAAAUGGGGAGUGAGAGAUCUGUGGUUUAUCAUCACUAAAUCAGUGACAGUCUCCGAGCAUCUCCUUUGCUGGAUAGCUGUAGAGCGCAGUUAAGAAAAAAAACAGCAGGCUCCGCCGAGGAUAUUUUCAUGGAUGUAUUUGGAAAACGUGCAGCUUCAGUUUUCUGUAUAAGCACUUUAAUUUUCUAUCAUUUCUGAAUGCGCUGGGAAUUGAAUACACAUUAAAUUCAAAGGACGAUUCUUGGAUAUUCGAGGUAAUUCAGCGGUUCCCAUUUCAUGGGGAACUAAGCAAAUAUGAUGGACCAGUAAAGAUACCUGCUCUUGGCAUUUCAUGAACCACAUUUGAGGCUACCCACUGAAUCCAUUGGGUAUAGAAUGUAGAAUGAUUCCUAUACCAAGAUUAAAAGGACAACCACAGCUCUGGCAGAUGAAUGGAGAGCCCCCUCCGUGGAUUUGGAUGAUCCCAGCCGCUUCUGGGCUGUACAGGAUAGGGGGUGCUCCACCUCCACUCUUAGUGUCUUCUCCGCACCCACCUCCGCUGCUGCGAGCUGUAACUGGCUGGCAACUUCCCUGUGACCCUUUUCUGCCUUUGAUACGGAUGCCCUCUGCACCAGAACCGGCUGUUCAUCAGUUCCAUUUGCCAAACGUUCAGUGGGACAUGCCCUCUCGACAUCCUGUUGUGGGAUUCCAGCCUUCGACAAAUGUGGAUUUGCUUCCCAUUAUCCCUCAUGUUUACACCUCAGUGCUGCCCCCUCAUUUGGGGAAAAGAUGGGUAGAAAAAAGGACACCAGAUUACAAGAUUUACUUAAAUAAUGCCCUUGCUAUGGAUACAACAUGGAUAAAUCCUGAAGAAGUGAGAAUUUUCCAGAGGCAUGAAAAACCACUGCUGAUGACAAAUCAAGUGGCAAUGAGUAUAUCUAGGCCAGCUGCUGCCUCAAGGAAUUUUCAUACACUACUUGUAUCACCUCAGCCUAUAUCAGGAGGGUGUCCAGUGGCUAUCAAACGCGUUGGCAGCAACAAGAGGAUUGCAUUGGCUGCAGCUGCUAUGAUGACGGUGGAAUCGGAAGCAUGUCAGGGCCCAUCUUCCAGCACUACUCAGCCUUUCCACGUUCUGAGGCUUUCUCCCAUCAAGAUCCCAAUUCUGUCAGCUCCUGUUUCAGAGGCUAUUUCUGCCUUGGACGGACAGAUAGGCCCAGUGAAGCCUGCACAAGUCACCAGGAUAACAGCAGUCUCGGCACCAGCUGUGACUUUCGUGGCAAGUGACUGGACAGACCAAACACCAGCAGAUAAAAAUGUUGAAGUGAAUAGAACUUCACAUACUGGGACAUUCGUGCUGCAUGCAGAUUGGAAGGCUAAACCACUUGAAAGCAAAAGUGAGGAUGAUGCUCUUAAUAUCUCCCUUGAGGAAGCAAGUACUCCAAAGGACAACAGACCUGUGGCUUCAACACCCAUUCCUGGAUCACCCUGGUGUGUUGUCUGGACUGGAGAUGACCGAGUCUUCUUCUUUAAUCCCACAAUGCAACUGUCUGUAUGGGAGAAGCCUAUGGACUUAAAAGGUCGUGGAGAUCUCAACAAAAUUAUUGAAGAUCCCCCACACAAACGUAAAAAGGAAUCACUAUCAAAGGAUGAAUGCUCUAAUUCUCAACCAGAUGAUGAGAGUGAGGAUCACAGUGCAAAAACAAAAAGGAACAAAAUUGAAGAACCUCCGCAAUCUGAUCAGGAAAAUGAUUUAGAAGAGAAGUCUGCCAAAAUAUCACCUCACCGAACAAUUCUUCCUUUAGAAGUACGCAUCACUCACUUCAGAGAUAUGCUUCUAGAAAGGGGGGUAUCUGCUUUUUCCACUUGGGAAAAGGAAUUACAUAAAAUAGUAUUUGAUCCUCGCUAUCUCCUGCUGGGUUCAGAGGAACGGAAACAGGUGUUUGAACAAUUUGUUAAAACAAGAAUAAAAGAGGAAUAUAAGGAGAAAAAAAGUAAAUUACAGCAGGCCAAAGAGGAAUUUCGGAAACUUCUUGAGGAAUCAAAAAUAACAUCCAGGUCUACUUUCAAGGACUUUUCUGAGAAGUACGGCAGAGACCACCGUUUCAAGCAAGUACAGAAAAAGAAAGACCAGGAACAUUUCUUCAAUCAGUUUGUAAAUGCUCUGAAAAAACGAGAUAAGGAAAAUAGACUGAGGCUGAGGAAGAUGAGAUGAAAAGGCAUCGGCUUUGCAAUAAACAAUUCCAAAUACUGUGAAAGGAUUGCCGACCACUACAUCAGAUCGUCUAUUUUGUAAAAUCCUGAUCAAUAUUCCAGUGUCAAUACUGCAGAGGAAUCCAAUGGAGUACAGUUCUUUCAUACUUCUUUAAAAUUCCCAAUUUUCAGUUUUGUAAGGCUAAUGUGUGAAGCCGUUCUUAUAAUAUGAAGUAAACAAGUGCUCAGAGAUUAAAUCUGUUUCAUAUUGAAGCUCUUUUUAAAACGUCAGUGUUUUAUUCAUUCAUAUCACAGUGAAAUCAUUUGAAUUAUGGCACCAGUUAUGCAAAUUGUAAUAUAUACUAAUAGACGUUGAAAAUGCAAAAAAUGAAUAAUAGAACUAAUACCAUUUGUUGCAUUUUUAAUGCCUAUCAAUAAGUACACAUAUACUGUAUAAUCCACUCUAGAUUUGGAAGUAAGAAAACCUGUUCAUAUUUUAAAUAUCUCUGCAGCAUCAAUGAGAUUCAGCUGAAGGUAUUGUAUAUUGACGGAUCUUCAAAUGUUGUUGUCUGUAAGUGCAUUGUUGUUUAAACAAAAUCAUGAUAUUGUGACCAGCUAAUAUCCAUGUUUGGCAUUAUCUUUGUUGAGUGGAUGAAAAAAAAAACAGUCAUGACAAUGGCCAUACAUGUGCUCAACAUCACUAUGUGUAUAUUAUAUAGAAAGGGAUUGUUAAGAUUCUAAAAAUGGACUUGUAGUAUUGUUUUAAUUUUGCAGUGGUUGGUUUGUUUGUUCAGCUACCAAGUAUGAUAUAAGUUAUUGUUGUCUUUUAUCAAUAAAAUAAGUUUCAAUUUAUUUUAAAUUAAAAUGUGAAGUUUUUUGUAGAUACUGGCAGUUUGUAAAAAUAAAAGCAGUGAAUAAUCUCCCAAGGACCUUUUGGAACCAAAAUAUGUUGUGACUUGUACUGUAUAACAAACAUGGUGAUUAUUGUAUGGGUUCUUAUCUAGAAUGUUAAGGUACUUUGUGUGCAAAAAAUCAAGGUUUUCAAUAAUUCCAGCUUGUUCAAGCAAUGAUUUAGCCUAUUAUUAAUGAAACAUUCCUUCACAACUGUCCAUUGAUGACAUGAGUCUUAACUUAAGCAUGAUAAUAAUAAAGCAUUUCCAGAUGAUGUGAAAAA